UCCAGGCGAACUUUCCUUAACCGCAGCUCACCACUCAGGACUCAACCAUCGAGCUCUCGACUCUGCAGCAGAACAACAAGAUCAAAUCCAACGUUGACGAAGUUUGCCAAUGGCGUCCGCGUCCCUCUCUCUGUCCGCCGUCCCCUCCGGUCCCGCCCUCCCGUCCCGCCGCGGCUCCCCCGCGCCCCCGCCGUCCGCCGCCCGGUGCCGCCCGCUCCGAGUCUCCGCCUCCUGCGCGACGUCGACCGCCGAGAGGCCGAGGCCGAGGCCGAGGGCGGUGGCCGCCGGGGCCCGGUCCCAGUCGCCCUCGCUGUACGAGGUGCUGGGGAUCCGGGCCGGCGCCACGGGCCAGGAGAUCAAGUCCGCCUACCGGAGGCUCGCCAGGGUCCUGCACCCGGACGUCGCCGCGACCUCCGCCGGCGCCGCGGGGGCGGCGGCGGCGGGGCGCGAGUUCAUGCGGGUCCACGAGGCGUACGCCACCCUCUCGGAUCCAGACCGGCGGGCCGACUACGACCGGACCCUGUUCCAGGGGCCUGGCCGGUUCGCGGUGUCGGCCGUCGCCGCCGCCGCAGCGGCGCGUGGCCCGAGCCGGAGAUGGGAGACGGAUCAGUGCUGGUAGCUAAGGAGGACCCACGAGUUAGCGUUAGAGAUCAGUUGAGAAGACCCAGUUUGUUGGGCGAUAUGGUGGCCUGCAUUUUAAGUGGCUCCAUUUCUGAUCCCUGACGAAAGAUUAAUUGGGGCUUUUAGUGCUCUUUUGAAGUGUUAGGAAUGAGUAAUCUGUGUGUGUGUGUGUGUACAUAUAUAUAUUCACAGACGAGAUUUUGUAUCAGAUGUGAGGAGCAGGCGCUCUUUUUUGACAGCCUGGUAUCUUAAUACAAUGCAAUGUGUUCCCUUCA